AGUUCAAUCUGCCGUAUUUGAUGUGAAAAAUUAUGGUGGUAAAGCCGAUGGCAAGUCAGAUAUUAGCAAGGCAUUAUUGGGCGCGUGGAAAGAGGCUUGUUCAGCAAAGGGUUCCAACAUAGUUGUAGUACCCAAAGGAACAUAUUCCAUAGGUUUAACUGACUUAAAUGGUCCAUGCAAGGGAGCCAUGGAGCUUCAAGUCCAAGGAACCUUAUUGGCACCGAUAAACCCUAGCAGUUAUGCCAAGGACAGCUGGAUUACUUUUGCAUACAUUGAUCAAUUCAAAUUAUCCGGUGGUGGAACCUUCGACGGACAAGGGCAAGUGGCUUGGAAGCAAAAUAACUGCGGUCGAAAUCCAAAAUGCAAGAGACUUCCAGUUAGCUUGCGGUUUGACUUCAUCACCAACAGCGUAGUUCAGGACGUAACAUCGCUCGAUAGUAAGAAUUUCCAUGUCAAUCUUCUAGGUGGCAAAAACCUUACUUUCGAUCGCUUCACGAUCACUGCACCAGGAGAUAGCGUCAAUACAGAUGGAAUUCACAUCGGGCAUUCAAACGGGAUCAACAUUAUUAAUUCAAAUAUUGCCACCGGCGAUGACUGCAUCUCCAUUGGUGGUGCCAGCGAACAAAUAAGGAUCACAAACGUACGAUGUGGACAUGGACAUGGCAUUAGCGUGGGAAGUUUAGGGAAGACCACUGAUGAAUUUGUCUCUGGAAUUUUCGUAAGGAACUGCACCUUCUAUGACACCGACAAUGGAGUGAGAAUUAAGACAUGGCCGGCAUUACAUGGUGGCAUGGCCUCUGAUAUGCAUUUCGAGGAUAUUAUGAUGAAAAAUGUCCGCAACCCUAUCAUUAUAGAUCAAAUGUACUGCCCAUGGAAUCAGUGCAAUCCAAAGCUUCCGUCAAAAGUUAAGAUCUCCAACGUCACCUUCAAGAAUAUUAGGGGCUCUUCAGCGACCGCAGUAGCUGUUCGACUUAAUUGCAGCAGCAGUUUUCCAUGCCAGAAGGUCGAGCUCGCUGACAUUAACUUGACGUACGGAGGAAAGGAAGGCCCUGUAAAAUCCUUGUGUGCAAAUGUUAAACCCACACUUAAGGGAAAAUUGACUCCAACCAUUUGCUAG